AUGUCUCACUCUGAUGCUCUUUUUACUCGGUUACUACUGGUAACAUUCAUGCUGCUGGUGUAUACCACCUAUGCAAAUGAGGUACGACUGGCAACGCCCAUGUGCCAUGAGGUGCGUGGCUUCGCUGGUGAGUACAAUAACCGCAUGAGCAUCACUGUUCAAACAUCCCCGGCAGAAAAGGAGGCUAUUAUUCUCAUCGUGCGGGCAUUUCCACUCGCUCUCGGGGAACUCACAGAACAAUGGAUUCAGAUGAAUGCCACAUACCGUCUUCGCGAAGGUGCAACCGUCUCUGUACAGUCCAAUAACAAUGGAAUUGUGAUGAUUCCUAAUGUGGAAGCUGGUACAGAUAUCAAUAUUGAGUUAAAUCGUGUUCGAAAAGAUGGUCCUGUACCUUUUCGAUUUUGGAGUUAUUAUGCUAAUCGUCCAGAGUGUUAUAUUGAUGUUUCACCUACAAAUUCUUUUCUUGCACCUAUUCCAACUAUGCUAUCGAAUGUGGCCAGUCCGUUGAGAGUAUAUUUUAAAUCUAUUGCCCCUAAAGGAGCAAAAGGACUCAUGGUUCAAAUCAGCAAUCAUACCCAUCCAAGUUCAGAAGCCCAAUUUCAAGUGAUGUCAACAUUAUCAUCAUCAUCAUCCUCCUCCUCUAAAGGGACUCAAAAUGGGACUAUGCAUAAAAGCGGAGAUAUCUUCCCAUGGAAUGAGGGUGUAGUCUACUUUUCUUUUACUCCUGAUAUCUCAACACAUAGGUUUCUUUUACUUGGAGUAAGUGUGGUGUGGACAGAUGAAGUCAGUGAUACAGCUUCUUCUUCUUCCUCAAACACACAGCGUCCAAAGGGUAAAACGACAGAUAACUCGACACCUAAAGUACCUAAGGUGGAAAAGAAGUUAUCAAAUGAAACUGGAACAAAUACGAAAACAAAUAAUAAAGAGAAAUGGAGUUUUUUUGGUUUUCUUUUUUUCCUCUUUUGUAUUAUCUCCGUUUAUUUCAUCAUUCUCUCAGUUUUUAACUACCGUGUGAAAGGAAUCACAGAAUUUCCAGAUAUGAUUCCUCAUAUAAAUACAAUACGCUCAUGUUCUCAAUACGUAUCAUUAGUGCAAAAUAGUUUCCGAGAAGGCAAUUCUCGUGGAGGUUACCGCGAUUUGAAUCGUCAGGAGAUGAGUACGGAAGAUGUUUAG